CGUACACUUUAUUAUGCCACCAAAAUCAAAGACCCCAAAGUUGGAAUGGCAGCAAUGUGUUCGAUGUUUAUGUAUCAUAAACAUAAGAGACGUGUCAAAACAUUCCAAAGAGUGCCAGAAUACAACAGAUAAGGAACAAUUUCAACAUGGAUAUAUUUGGAAUGACACAUUGCAUGGAGUGAUCUCCCCUUACCAUAAAGCUGACGGACCAAGUCUGCCAAGUCAACUGAGGGAUGACAUCAUCUUACUGAAUGUAAGCUCCAUGAUGAUGUGUGGCCUUUCAAUUGGAAAGCCAUGCAUUGUUGAUGAGCGAUAUGUCAGAAUAGCGUGGCCCUCUGCCUCAGUGGCACCAGGCACUGUACAAGUCCCUGAGGACACCCUGGUUAUAUUAGGGAGACAGUUGGGAGAUCUGGUCACAGUCACUGCUGUCCAGGAUGCACCACAAAUGGCUGCUAAUGUGAUGUUGUCACCAAGAGAAUGGAAUGACGUGUUGGGAGAUGGUCAAUUUGAAAAAUACCUGAAACACCAUUUGUGUGGAAGAUCUUUUACUCUUGGCAAUGAUGUGAGCAUGUGUUAUUAUGGACAGAGAUGUCGACUUCAGGUUGCAGAGAUCAGUCCGUGGAAUGCUUGUGAGGAGAAAGUCCAUGUCCAAUGUAAAGAAUCAGACACUGCUGAAAGCAGGCUACAGAAUCUGACCACAGAUUUAUCAGAACUAGAUCUAUCUGCUGAUUCUAGUUUGUCUUUUUUAGACAAAUCAGACACAAGUGUUACAUCUACACCACUGAGGGGCUCUGACAACAAAAGCUUUAGUACUGAGAGUGUGUCUUCUCCCUCCUCUUCUAGUACUCCAGAUGUGAAAAGUCGAUCUCUGAUUGAUGCAAACUUUCAGACACCUCAAAAGACCACAACCGACAAUGCUCUGAAAAACAUUCAAAAGACAUUCUAUAAAAUAACUGCAAAUACAAGAGUUGUCAUUUCUAAACCAAUCACAGAUCAAGAGAAAGUUUCGCAGGAGAAGAGAUUUGUAACAUUUGAUAUGAUUGGAGGCUUGUCAAAGCAAAUAUUGUCUUUGAAGGAGAUGAUAAAUCUACCCCUUCAUUCUCCAGAAGUGUUCAAGUCUUAUGGGUUGCCACUGCCUAGAGGAAUCCUCCUUUUUGGUCCUUCUGGUACGGGUAAGACCAUGUUACUGAAGGCUGUUGCCAAUCAACUAGGUGUUCAUGUCAUUGAUAUCUGCUCCUCCGACAUUAUUAGCAAGUUUUAUGGAGAGUCGGAGGAAAAUAUGAGAAAUGUGUUCAAAGAGGCAGAAGAAAGGUCACCAACCAUUAUCAUUAUGGAUGAUGUUGAUUCCCUGUUCCCACGGCGAGAUACCUCACAGAAUGAGUCUCAGAAACGCCUUGUAGCGACACUUCUCACUUUGAUGGAUGGAAUCGACAGGGCUAGUAAAUGUUUUGUGAUGGUGAUUGCUGCUUGUUGUAUGCCAGACUCUCUUGAUCCAGCCAUAAGGAGACCAGGACGGUUUGACAGAGAGAUAGAGAUUGGCGUUCCGACAGCAACAGAUAGACUGGAGAUAUUACAGUGUGUGAUGUCCACAGUGCCCCAUUCCCUAAGCGUGGCUGAUCUUACUGCAGUGGCUGACACAGCACAUGGCUAUGUUGGAGCAGAUCUGGCCUACGUAUGUCAGCAAGCCAGUAUCAAUGCUGUGAAGAGAAAUCUUCGUGACCAUGAGGAACUAGAGACAGAGCCGACUGCUGUCAUUACAAGGGAGGAUAUAGCUGUUGCUAUGACAACUGUUCAGCCUAGUGCCAUGCGGGAGGUACAGCUAGAGAUUCCCAAGGUGCUGUGGAGUGAUGUUGGAGGUCAGGAGGAGGUGAAGUUGAAGCUAAAGCAGGCAGUGGAGUGGCCACUGAAACAUCCUGAAGCCUUCCUCAGGAUGGGAAUCAAACCUCCUAGAGGUGUUCUCAUGUAUGGUCCACCAGGCUGUUCUAAAACCAUGAUCGCCAAGGCCCUAGCCACGGAGAGUGGACUCAACUUUCUGGCUGUCAAGGGUCCUGAGUUAUUCAGUAAAUGGGUCGGUGAGUCAGAGAGAGCAGUCAGAGAGUUGUUCAGGAAAGCCAGGUCUGCUGCACCAUCCAUUGUUUUCUUUGAUGAGAUUGAUGCUCUUGCUGUUGAAAGAGGAAGUUCCUCAGGAGGUAGUAACGUUAGUGAUCGUGUGCUGGCCCAGCUGUUGACAGAGAUAGAUGGUGUGGACAGUUUACAGGAUGUCACAGUAAUCGCGGCCACCAACCGUCCUGAUAUGAUAGAUAAGGCUCUGAUGAGACCCGGCAGAUUAGACAGGAUUCUGUAUGUGCCACUACCAGAUAUGAAGACGAGACAGGAAAUCUUCAGGAUCAACAUGGCCAAGAUGCCAGUGGACACAGAAGUUGAUAUAGAAUCUCUGGUAAAGAAGACUACAAAUUACUCUGGUGCUGAGGUGUCUGCUGUGUGUCAUGAGGCUGCCAUGUUUGCCCUACAAGAAGACAUUGACAGUCAGACUGUACAUUCACGUCACUUUGAAGCUGCUCUGACAGUGAUCAAACCAAGGAUAACUGUUGAACUGAUAGAAUACUAUAAAAACUACCAACAUGAAAAAGGCAUGCAGAAAGUUUGAUUUAUACUGUGAGGUAAAUAAAACCUACCACUGAACUAGAGAAAUAGUGACUUUUUCUCACUGUUGUCUUAUUUACUCCAAAUUCUGUGUUGAUGAUGAAUCAACACAAAUCUAACCGUAUGUCAGAUGUGACAUGUCUGGUAAACUUGACCAGAGAACCAGAUAUCCUACAGGUAAACAAAGGUUAUAUAACUCAGGAAUUUCUACAGGGAAACAUAGGCCAGCAGAUCAACAAGAGCAACUAAAUCUUCACAACUAUUGUCUUCACAAAACAAUAUUCAGUGACAGCAUUGUGGAAUGAUAUGGACAUUGUGAGUGACAUAAUGACAUCAUACAACAUCAACAUCAAUGACAAAAGAAAGUCAGAUGACACAAGAAGAAACAAUGUGAGAAAAUCACAGAAUAAAAACUACUGAUAUUACUAUAGGAAAGUAAUGAUUUAUUGCGUUAGAAAUGAACGUGUCAGAAGCCAUUAUUUAAUUUGAUGUCUCUGUUACAUCAGUAAUUUCUAAAGAACGCAGGUAAAAGUACUGCUUAUGCAACAAAAAUACUUUCACUGGAAAUUCAUUUAGAUGAUGUUUUAAAAACGCCAUCAUAAUCUUAUUUUGAAAUAUUCAAUUCCCUUGUGCAAUAUGAAGUUUCAUGUGUUGGAAGCUCAGUAAUAUUUUGAAUUAUAAAUCUGGUUAUUGUUUGGUAACGUGACAUCAGCCCCUUGGCUUGAUUACUAUUUAAGGAAUGUGCAUGUAGAACGACCAAAUCGCUGACGACAUGUAGGGGAAAUGCGUCACCUUGUGAAAAAGGCUGGAAAUACACAGCUGGGAAAAGACCUGAAAAGUAUGUGGAAGGAAUGAAUGCUGGUAAGACUGAUGCAAGCAAAAAUUUUGAGUACAUGACUAUAUUUAGGCUUAUGUAGAUUUCCAGGAGCUUGAUGUAUGUAAUAAGAGGUAAUUUGUGUACAGAUAGAGUAAUAAUAACAGGUUUGAACACAAACAA